UGCUCUGCGAGCUCACUCCACUCAGCAGGUGUCCACUCCACUCCACUCGAGACAAAGCCAUGGCGUCUCCCGCUCCAAUCCCGGCAACGCCGCUCCUCGCCAUCGCCAUCCUCGCCGUGCUCGUCUCCGCCACCACAGCCGGCCCGGCGUGCUCGGAGUCCGACCGGGACGCGCUGCUGUCGAUCCGCGCGGCGCUGUCGGAGGCGCACCUCGGCGUCUUCUCGACGUGGAAGGGCGCGGAUUGCUGCGCCAACUGGUACGGCGUGAGCUGCGACCCCACGAGCGGCCGCGUGGCCGACCUGACCCUCCGCGGCGAAGCCGAGGACGCCGUCAUGGCCCCCGACGGCCACCCCGCCUCGGGCGUCAUGUCCGGCUACAUCUCCGACCACGUCUGCCACCUCGACGCUCUGUCCUCUCUCAUACUCGCCGACUGGAAGCAGAUAUCCGGGCCCAUCCCGUCCUGCGUCGCCACCUCUCUUCCCAACCUCCGUAUCCUCGAGCUUCCCGCCAACCGCCUCACGGGCGAGAUCCCGCCGUCCAUCGGCAGCCUCUCCCGCCUCAUCGUGCUCAACCUCGCCGACAACCUCCUCUCCGGCGCCAUUCCCAGCUCCAUCGCCUCCCUCGCAUCCAUCAAGCACCUCGACCUCGCCAACAACCAGCUCACCGGCAGUAUCCCAGCCAACAUCGGCAACCUCGCCACGCUCAGCCGCGCGCUGCUCAGCCGGAACCGGCUGUCGGGACCCAUCCCUCCGUCCAUCGGGUCCCUCACCCGGCUCGCGGACCUGGACCUCUCCGAGAACCGUCUCACCGGCGCCAUCCCGGACAGCCUCGGGUCGUCGGGCAGCGGCGUGCUCACCUCGCUGCACCUCGGCGGCAACCGCAUCUCCGGGCGGAUCCCGGCAAAGCUGCUGGGGGCGAAGGGGCUCGCGAUCGUGAACCUGAGCCGGAACGCCGUGGAGGGCCCCAUCCCGGACGCGUUCACGGGCAGGUCCUACUUCAUCGUGCUGGACCUGUCGCGGAACCGGCUGACCGGCGGCGUGCCGCGGUCCCUGGCAUCGGCGGCGUACGUGGGGCACCUCGACCUCAGCCACAACCGGCUGUGCGGCACCAUCCCGGCGGGCCCGCCGUUCGACCACCUCGCCGCCGAGUCCUUCGCCAGCAACAGCUGCCUCUGCGGGGCCCCGCUCGGCAAGUGCACGUGAACGAGAGGUGGAUCGCCAGAGCCAUCCGAUCGCGUCGACCCGACUUCGGAUGAUUUUUACUACCGUGGCGCCCGUGCGUGUGUGAUAUACUGUACUGAUGAUAUACCUAGCCCGGUAGCCGUGUACCAAGGUCCAAGUGCCAACUGUGUGCUUAACUUUUACUAUAGUUUUUUUCUAAUUUGUACUACUAUAGGUUAGUCAUGGAAGAAGAUAAAUAGUGUACUGCCGAUCGUGUGUGAGCGAGGAAGAGGCAGGGAAAUGGAGAGAAUCCUCCUCCAUUCCUCUUCAUUUCCCUUUUUCAUUUCCCAGUGAUUUCCAUGAGAGUGUGCUACUAGCACUAUGAACUUUGGACUGUUAAGCUACAAGCAUUUGGCGCUGCCGGAAGCAAGGGCAAUGCUGAGAGCCUGUGAGAA